AUGGAACUAAUCUCUCUAAGCUUAGGUCUGUCGGCUAAUCGUCUGAAUGGAUUCUUCGAAGACCAAACUAGCUACAUGCGGCUCAACCACUAUCCAACUUGUCCCAUUCCUCACCUAGCUCUUGGGAUUGGCCGCCACAAGGAUUCCGGUGCCCUGGCCAUCCUCGCUCAAGACGAUGUUGAAGGACUCGAAGUGAAGCGAAAAACAAAUGGAGAGUGGAUUCGGGUCAAACCUAUUCAUGAUGCACAUAUUAUCAAUGUUGGUGACAUUAUUCAGAAAGAUCCGAGCAGCCAUGGCUGGCCGGAAUCUGGCAAGCACUUUGUGCUAAUUCAUGGGGCAUGCCUUGGUGAAUGGUCUUGGUAG